UAUCGAGACUAUGAACGUUGAUUCUCAAUGAUUUGGAGGACCGAGAGGCGGCCGAGAGGAAAGAAUGACAGCUCCAGACGGUUUGGUACAUCGACAGGUGGCAUUAGUGUCGCCAGUGGUGGAAUUGCGGCGUGGCCGCGUUCGAAUAAGAUAUAUCAAUCGGUAUCGCUGGUUAAUACUCUUCCGACGGUGCCUCGGCGGGGUGAACACCGUUCGGCGACAUCAUUGCUGACCGUUGCUCACUGGAUGAUUUUCAUCGCGAUGCUCCACUCAUGGACGAGUCGAUUACCGUAUACUUUUCUUUGCGUUGUCGUGGCUGUGUCAGUGUUGACAAUAUUCGCUCAUGCGCAGCGGGAAAUCGACGAGUUAGCCGCGAGCGAGCCGCGAAAGAGCGGCGAAUCCAAAUCAAGACUCGACGAAGAGCUGUUUAAGAAAUUAUUUGCUCAACGACGAAAAGAUCACAUAGAAGCUGUGCAAACUCUCUUAAAGAUGGACAAUUACGAGCGUCUGUACAAAAUGAUCGCGAUGCUAGUUGAGAAGGCAGUCGAGGUCAUUGAAUCGAGUAAGAGUGUCCUCGAGAAGGCCGAUUUCCUACAGAACAAUAGUUCCUUUCCAGAAGAUGCCAACGUCAAAGAUGCAUUGUCUAACAUCCUGGAGAACAUCGUGCUCUUCGGAGACAUCGUGCUGCAUUUGCCGGACAUCACUCACAGGAUACUGAGGACGCAACCGGGAUGGAACUCUACAAUACACUGGUCCCUGAAUUUCGCCAAUCAGACGCGGUAUUUACUGAAUAAAUCGACCAUCACGAUGUUUCGUUUGGUCGAACAGGAGCUGAAUAUUACGGAACGCGAUCCAGCCUACUUAAAUCCGUAUAGGAGUGCUGCGCACGCCGGCCAGCGCGAGGAUUCUAUAAAGAAGUCUGUGAAGAAAGAAAAACGCAAAAAGGGACCGCAGAUUGCUAAAAUCGAACUGUGAGCCCUUACUUCCGACGCUCGCGAGAUUUCUCCGACCGGUUCCUAAAUCGCCUCGUUAAAAAGCGGGCUCUCUGCGACGCCGCCACGCCGCGCCGUUAAAAUCCUAGAGAAUAUACCAUAUCUGAUUCUAAGGGGCUGAUUCUGUAACUCUUAACGACAGUCGUUGAUGUCGUUGCGCAGAUAUUAUGUAGAGUGAAAAAGCUGCACAA